AUGGAGACUCGUCGGUCCGUGAAGGGCUCCAGCGCCCGCAACUUCAAGAGCGGACUGUGUCUAUGGCUGAUUCUGUGGCUGGUGGUGAUGAAGCUGGGAGGGGUGGGAGCAUGCCCCAGGCUGUGUGUGUGUUACCCUACGCCCAUGACUGUCAGCUGCCAGUCCCAGAACCUCACCAUAGUGCCGGCCGGUGUGCCAUAUGACUCACAACGCGUUUUCCUGCAGAACAACCGCAUCACAGAGCUUCGCGCAGACUCUUUUGGCUUCGAGACGCAGGUGCUUUGGCUAUAUGGCAACAACAUCACAUGGAUCGAGGCCGGAGCCUUCAGUAACCUCAGGGUGCUGGAGGAGCUCGAUCUGGGCGAUAACCCGCUGCAGCGCCUGGAAGGUGGGGCCUUCAGGGGCUUGGAGAAGCUGCAGAGCCUGCACAUGCAUCGCUGCAAGCUGGCUGCUCUCCCCCAUGACCUCUUCCACAAAUUGUACAGUCUGCAGUUCCUCUACCUGCAGGAGAAUCAGCUCCACUUUCUGCAGGAUGACCUGUUCUCAGAUCUGGUCAACCUCACCCAUCUUUUCCUGCAUGGAAACCGCAUCCGUGCACUCUCUGAAAAUGUGUUCAGAGGCCUGGUCAACCUGGACCGCCUCCUUAUCCACGACAACCGCAUCAGGCAGGUCAACCGUCGGGCUUUCCGUGACCUGGGCCGCAUGACAAUCCUCUACCUGUUCAACAACUCCCUGGCCGAGCUGCCGGGCCAGGCCAUGAAAGACGCCCAGGGCAUCCAGUUCCUCCGCCUCAAUGGGAACCCCUGGUCCUGCGGAUGUGAGGCUCGACCCCUCUGGGAGUGGUUCCGCAAGGCCCGCAUCUCCUCCUCUGAGCUCAUGUGCACCUCCCCAUCUCAACGUCGCGGCCAGGACCUCAGAUUUCUCCGUGAGUUGGACUUCGCCCUCUGCCCUCUGCCUGACCCCGGCUCUCUGGCUGGAAGCACCACGACCACUUUCAGCACCAAGACCCGCUGGUGGUUCUCCAAGCACAAGCCCGCAUCUUCAUCCAAGGCCUCGUACCAGAAGAGCACAGAGACGGUUAAGGCCUUCCCCUUCUCCGCCGUCAAGCCUCAUAACCUCCCCAAACCUCCCACCGAAUCGUUCUCCACCAAGUAUGAACUGUCGGAGCAUGAGGUGGCGCUCCCCAAGCUGGACCAAGAAGAAUACUGGGCCAACUACGGCAACGAAGACUCCUCCAUCCGCUGCUUCGAGCUGGAGUGCCCCCCAGGCUAUGACAAUCCAGCAUUCCCCACAUCCUCCUCCGUCCCCAAAACCCCAUCCCUCCUCCGCAUCCUCUCCCUCUCCAUCCUCACAUUCACCCUCCAUUUCCUUUUUGGCUGA